CUCUCCCACAACCGAUAACUCAACCCCCUCAUCGCAAACCCUAGCAAACAACAAUACCAGCACAACAAACCCAAACCCCCCAAAAUGCCACCCUCAUCCCACCAAUCAAUCACCCCGACAAACCACCUCCGCUUCGACCCCUGGACGACCUCCUCGACAGGCCACCAAGUCGCCGAUUCCGCGCAAGGCACGGCAUACCGGACGCUGCGACAGGAGAAGCUGGCACGACAGUUCGGCGAGGGACGCGGUGACUGCACGGUUGCGCGCGGGGCGGGGGGAAAGUUGGAAAGAGGGAUGUGGGUGGAGGGUGCGAGUGGGAGUGGGAGUGCGAGAUCAGGUCAGAGGGAUAUUCGGGGGAUGUUUGGCGUGGGGAAAGCUUCUUCUUCUUCUUCUUCUUCCUCUUCGGCUUCUGUGUCGAAGGGGUUGUCGUCGAAAGAGGAGAUGAAGGAUGGGUUGGAAGAGUCUUCUUCCAUUAUCACCUCCACCAAUGACUACAAUAACACCAACGACACCAACGACAACACCAGCGCCAUCCAUCUCCAGAACCACACAACAACAGCAGCAGCAGCAGCAGCAGCAGCAACUCCCUCCACCAUCCCAUCCACCCUCCAACCCCAACCCCAACCCCAACACCCCCAGAUCUUCACCACCCUGACAAUCUACAUCAACGCAGCCUCGCACCCCUGCGUCUCCGACCACAAACUAAAACACCUGCUGACGCUGCACGGCGCCACCGUCUUCCUCUCGCUAUCCCGUCGCGUCACCCACGUCAUUGUCGGGCGGCCGAAUACCAGACCAUCGUCUAAAGGAGCAGGGACAGGGGCAGGGGGCGGUCUUGCGGGCGGGAAGUUGCAGAGGGAGAUUGCGAGGGGUGGGUGUCGUGGGUGGAAGGUGGUUUUUGUGGAGUGGGUGUUGGAGAGUAUUAAGGCCGGGAAGAGGUUGUCAGAAGCACGGUUUGCCAUGCAGAUGGCGGAGAAGGGACAGAGGAGUGUGUUGGGGUUUGGGAGGUGAGAUCAUUCCGUAUAUUAUACUAUGACCAGGUUUGUUUCUGUCUGCAUUUCUCUGGAGUUGAUGAUUCUAUGAUACCCACAUGCUCGUCAAAC